UCCUUUAGCCAUCAACUAGCUCCAAGUUGAACUUGCAUUUUUGUUUCCUUUUUCCAACCAUUGAUAUUUGAUCGUACUUCCUAAUCUUAUCUCUUCACCAUAAGGAAACCCCAACUAUAGUCUAUAUUUUUCCUACGAAAUUAGAAAGAAAAAAGGAGAAAAAAAAAAAAGCAGGGACGACCUGAAGAACAUAAACACAAGUGAAGUUUGAGAUUAUGGAAAAAAUGUUGGAAUUUGUUAGUUUUAUUUUGGUUUUAGUCUGUGUUAUAAGUUGUGGUGCUGCAGGAACACAUAAUGUUGGUGGUGAUCUUGGAUGGACUGUUCCUCGUGGUGGAGAAGCUGAUUACCAAAAGUGGGCUGCUAAUCAAACAUUCAAAUCUGGAGAUACUUUAGUAUUCACAUGGACUGGAAUGCACACAGUGGCUAAUGUGAGCAAAGAAGAUUUUGAAAAAUGCACAACUAGAAAUGAUGUUCAAAGCAAAAGCCCAGUAAGCAUUUCUAUCAGUGGCACUGGCCCUCACUACUUCAUUUGCACCAUAGGAAAACACUGCAGCCUCGGCCAGAAACUCAACGUCACCGCUGAAAUGUCGGCCGCCGCCUCAGCCUUAGCCACCAAUGCCUUAUUGUCUGCAUUUUUCAUGAUCUUGUCUAUUGCCAUCACUAUGUAAUAUUGCUCAUAAGAUUUGUUGAAUGUUGUUGUUGCUCUAAUUGUGAUUAAUGUGUUUGAUCUUUGAUUUUGUUGUACCAAAUAAUAGUAACAAUUUGUACUGAAUGAUGAACUUUAUUCAAUGGACCAA